AUGCAAAAAACCCAUACUAGUGGAGAAGAAUUGAAUAUUACUGUGGCGGUUAGAUGUAGAGGUAGAAAUGAAAGAGAAGUGCAAGCAAAAAGUUCUGUUGUGGUAUCCGUUCCAGAUAUUAUGGGCUCUAAUGAAGUAUCUAUAAACACUAGUGAUGAAGUUGGUAUUGCUGCACAUAUGAAUUCUAAAACAUAUACUGUCGAUAAGGUAUUUGGCCCAAGUGCAAGCCAAGAUUUAAUGUUUAAGGAAAUAGCAGAACCACUAUUUGAAGAUUUUAUUAAAGGUUAUAACUGUACCAUAUUAGUAUAUGGUAUGACCUCUACGGGUAAAACGUAUACAAUGACAGGUGAUGAGAAACUUUAUGAUGGAGAAUUAAGCGAUUCGGCAGGUAUUAUACCGAGAGUGUUGUUUAAACUAUUCGAAUCUCCAGAAAUUCUCAAUGAUGAUUAUAUCAUAAAAUGUUCGUUUGUAGAAUUAUACAAUGAAGAUUUAAAAGACUUACUAGAUGACUCCGUUGAUAACACUUAUAAAAAAUUAAGAAUCUUUGAUUCAAUGUCUAGUUAUUCGAAUUCUACUGCCACUUCAAAUAAUAAUACAAGUAAUAACACAAGAAAUAAUUCUAGGAACAACUCAAGAAGCAAUUCUAGAAAUACCUCCAGAAACAACUCCCCAAGACCUUCUUCUUCGACAAAUUUAUCUACUAUUGCAUUAAAAAGACGAACUGCAACUAGACCAAGCUCAUUAUCCUCUUUAAAUCCUACAGCUAACAGUUCCAUAUACAGUAAUAAUACAAAUAAUAAAAUACGGUUUAAAGAUCAACCAGCUAAUCAGCUAAGAUUACAAUCAAAAUUACAAGCACAACAGAAUAUUGAACUUCAGCAAAUACAUUCACAAAAUAUCCAACAGCAACAGUCGCAAUCAAUAACAUCCAAUUUACAAUCACAAGAGAAUAAAGAACAACUUACAAACUCUGAAAAGGCACCAGACAAUAAUAAUCAAAUAUAUAUUCAAAAUUUACAGGAAUUCUAUAUUAAUAAUGCUACUGAUGGAAUUAAAUUAUUACAAAAAGGAUUAAGACACAGAAAAGUUGCAAGCACCAAAAUGAAUGACGUCUCAAGUAGAUCCCAUACUAUAUUUACGAUCACGUUGUACAAAGAGCACAAUGGUGGUUUAUAUCGUGUCUCAAAAAUGAACUUGGUGGAUCUUGCAGGCUCCGAAAAUAUUAAUAAAUCAGGUGCUCAGCACCAAAGGGCAAAGGAAGCUGGUUCUAUUAACCAGAGUUUACUAACUUUGGGAAGAGUUAUUAAUUCUCUUGCAGAUAAAAGUAUUCAUAUUCCGUUUAGAGAAUCAAAAUUGACAAGAUUAUUGCAAGAUUCUUUAGGAGGCAAUACAAAGACUGUAUUAAUUUCAACAAUAUCGCCAGCAAAGAUUAAUGUUGAUGAAACCUCAAGCACUUUAGAAUAUGCAUCCAAAGCCAAGAACAUUAAAAACAAGCCACAUUUAGGCUCCUUUAUUAUGAAGGAUGUGCUAUUAAAGAAUAUUACUACUGAACUAAAUAAGAUAAAAUCAGAUUUAAUGUCAACAAGACUGAAAGAUGGAGUGUAUAUGAGCCAGCAACAUUACAAAGAAUUGAAUAAUGAUUUAGAAUCGUAUAAAACAGAAGUUCAGGAAUCUAAAAGGGCAAAUGAGAGGCUGAUUUCACAAAAUGGUUCACUAUUAAAAGACAAAAAAGCAAGCAAUGAAUUGAAUGAGUUGCAGAGAAUACAAAUUGAAAAAAAAAAUGAGAAAAUUAAGGAGCUAUAUGAAAUUUUAGAUGAACAUUAUAAGAGAGAAGAUAUAUUGGUUGAGCUAAUACGCCAGUUAAAAAAUGUCGGAACUUCAAUGCAAUCAACAAUUGAAAAUUACAGAGAAAGAGACUUAGAAAUAGAAGAGAGUACUAAGAAAAUCUUAGAAAAUGAGUUUAAAUUUUUAAAAAAUGAAUUAUCACAAAUUUUGUCUAAUAUUAAUGGAAAUAUCAUCGAUAAUUUAAAGUCCAGUAUUAUAAGUAAUAAUUCUAGCAUUGAAGCCAUUGACUCUUCCAAUUUUCAAAAAAAUAUCGAUAUAAUUGAAAAUACGACUUUAAAAAUUCUGAAACAAGUUCAAGAAAAGUCCCAGCACAUAUAUUCUAGUUGUAUUGAAAGGAUUCUUUCUGAUAUUCCUAAUAUUUUAAACAAAUUUAAAAUAGAAAUUAACAGUAUUGAUUUUCAAUACAAUGACCAAUUUAAUAAAAUCACUGAAAACUUAUCAGAUUUAAGUGAGGAGUACAACAAUUUCAAAGAAUAUCUUAAUAAUAGCUUUUUGCAGAAUAAUUAUGAAUUAAUAUUAAAAAAUCAUUUAGAAAGUGGGCAAUCCCAAAUAGAAUCUUUUUCGAAUAACUUGCUAUUAAACAUUAAUAAACAAAUCAAUGAAUUUAAACUACAUAAUUCGAAGUUAUAUGAAGAAAAAUUGAACAAUAUAAAAAAUGAUAUAGUGAAAAAAGAGACCGAAUCGAUUAAACCUUACAAGGAAAAGUGGGUAAAAUCUAUUGAGAUUAUUAACAGCACUGAUAAAAUUAAUAAUACUUUCCAUAAUGACAUGAAUAAUAGAAUACUUCAAAUUAAUAAUUUGAUUCUUCAAUCCCAUAACGAUAUUAAUAAUUCAAUUAAUGAUAUUAAGGUGAAUGAAAUUAGAGAAAAUGAAGCUGUUAACGAGAUUUUAUCAUCUAAUACCGAGUAUGUUAAUAAUAUAAAUGAAUUAAAAAUUAAAAAUAUGGAUUAUCAAGAAAAACUAAAAUGCAUUGGAAAGUCAUCAGAAAACUCAAUCAAUUAUUUAGAUAGCACAAAACAAGUAAUUGAAAGUGGCUUAAAGACUAGGCAAAUAGCUAAGCAUUAUAAAGCCUUUAUUGACCAUCAAGAUAACGUUGACGAAGAUACAUUUUUAAGUACAAAGUCUCACACUUUGCAGUUUAAUUCUUUAAUGAAGCAAAUUGAAAGUUCUGUAUUAUUCCCUACACUAAAUCGUAAAAUAAUAACACCAAGCAAUAAUAAUAAAUACCCACUUAUGGAUUUAGCAAAUCAUGGUAAAGAAAAUAAGGAAAAUGAUAUAUCGCCACCAUUUUUUUCAAAGUAUAAUAUACCCAAUAAAUCUCUGAGCUUAUCGCCUACUCAAUUAACUAAAGGCAUUGUUAACCAAAAUAAAAGGUCACUUACCAUACAAGAUAGGGAUGAUUAUAACCACCCUUUCGAUACAUCAAAAAAGAGACCAAGAAUAGAAUAA